CUCGCAGAGUCAUAGCCCCAGAGGGGUCAAUGUCGCACUCAUGAGUAGUGCAGGCUUUUGAUUUUUGCAAUGUCUCCGAGGGUUUCACUGCUUCUGCUAGCUGGCCCUGCUCCGACGCUUUGUUAGUUAUUCUGCCUCUGCGCCAUCAGAGUCCUCUGUCCUCUGGUCCCACAAUCAUAUCGCACUUGUACCAUAGCCCCCAACAUACUGUUCUCCUCUCCCCACACCUUUCUUUCCCGUCACUUUCCACUUUUCUGCAUCAAUUUCAUUCAUAACUACCAAUUACUUCAUCGUCUUGCAUUCUGUUUACUGUUACUUGUCAUUCAUUAGGCGCCUAAUCUGCAAUUAUCCUACUAUGCUUGUCUCUUCAUUCUCCCUUAUAUGCUAUGCCAUCUUCUUUCCAUUAUUUCAUUCUCGCCGACCUGCUUCCACACUUUUUUUGCUAAACAUCGCUGCUCUGCUUCUCGGCCGUUCUUUUUUGUUUUUUUCCCUCCUCCUCCUCCUCUUCUUCUUCAGACUUCAAUGGGUCUGCGUCAUCUAGUUCCUACUCUUGCUCUUGUCAUCUUGUCCCUCGUGGUUCUCUCCUACCAGCAACCUGCGCUGGACGCGGCGGAGCAGGAAUCGGUUUAUCAGGUGCUGGACUCAAUCAACUCGGACAUCCCCUGGCGUUCUCUCUUCCCUGACGAUCUCUGUGUCUCUGCCCCUCAUGGCGUCCUUUGCGAUUAUCCUUAUGAAUAUGAUGGUUCCGGUAAUGCAGGCAUUGAAACGGCACGCAUUGUUGAGUUGAACUUUGGGUAUUUGUCAGACUACACUCCUAACCCUCCUUGCUCUCAAAAUGCCACUCUCAACCCUCUGCUCUUCACCUCUUUUAAGUACCUUCGCAAGCUUUUCUUUUACAGAUGUUUCAACGGCUCUAGGGUUUCUCUUCCUGAUGUUUCUCUAUCUUUUGGUUCGAGUCUGGAGGAGCUUGUGUUCAUCGAGAAUCCGUCUUUGGCAGGCUCGUUGAGUGGUAUAUUACGUAAUUUUACGAACUUGAGGAGGCUGGUUUUGACGGGAAAUGGGUUUUAUGGUGAAGUUCCUAACCUGAUGGGUGAUCUAGCUAAUCUGGAAGAGAUUACGUUAUCGAGAAAUCAACUUGCUGGUGAACUUCCUGGGAGUUUAGCUAAUUUGAAGAAGCUGAAGCUUCUUGAUCUGAGUCAAAAUCAUUUUGAAGGGUGUUUACCUGAAUCACUGGGUAGUCUCAAGGAGCUUCUGAAGCUUGAUAUGAGAUCCAACAGACUCACGGGUCAGAUCCCAGAAAGUUUCAGACACUUGCAGAGCCUCGAGUUUUUAGACCUCAGCUUCAACCUUUUCGGUAACUUUGGAAUUCCUCUGUUCCUGGGAGAAAUUCCAAGAUUAAAGGAAAUGUAUUUGAGUGGGAAUUCUCUAGGUGGGAAAAUUCCAGAAAUAUGGGAAAAUCUUGGGAGUGUCAAAAGAAUAGGGUUUUCAGACCUGGGUUUGAUUGGCAACAUCCCUGCAUCAAUGGGUUUUUAUCUCAGAAACUUGUCCUAUCUCGGGCUUGAUAACAACAAGCUUGAAGGGCCCGUGCCUGAGGAGUUUUAUCACCUAGAUUCAAUAGAAGAAAUAAACUUGGAGAACAACAAUUUGACUGGUAGAAUCUCAUCUUCAAUUCAAGUCAGAGAAAAGCUGAAGUUGGAAGGAAACAGAUGGCUCUGUGUGGACGACGCAUUGAUGAAUGCUAAAAACAGAGGCAGCUUGGGGAAAAUAAAGCCCUGCAACAAGAAAGCAGAUAAUCCUAACGCUGUCACUUUCAAUGGAGUUUCUUUGGUGCAUCUUAAUCCUCGUCCAUUGUUAAUGUCUCUGGGGAUUUUUUUUGUCUUUACAUGUUUGUGAGGGUAGUUCAUCCUUACCACGAGUAGGACUG